CUCGGCUGACCUCUGCUGGCAACACUUUGCUAGUUUUCUCUUCGACUCUGCCGUCCAGUUUGUUCAUUUGCGGCAUCCGUACAUCCAGUAUCCGACGUAAAACUUUCAAAAUAGCUUUUGAAUGUUCGGCGCGAAUUUCACUGCAGGAACUCGUGUCGUUCACAGGCACCAACACAACAACAGAGAAUGGAGCGGCCUUCCCAAAAUAGAGAUGAUCCUUCGUUUAAGACCCCGAUACGUGUCCGGACCAAAAGCUCUGUGUCCGGCAGCCCGAUCACCAUCCCCGCCUCGCCGUUCAUGAAGAAGCUUGGCGUCGGGACUGGCGUCAACGUCUACCUCAUGAACAGGGUAACGUUAGGCAAGUUGAAUGCUUCACCAUGGGCAGUGAAGAAAAUAAACACCAAAUGCGCUGGCAAGCAGUUGAAUGUUUACCAGGAUCGACUUAACGAGGAGGCAAAGAUCCUGAAAGGCAUCCAUCAUCCAAACAUAGUUGGCUUCCGUGCUUUCACCACAGCCAAGGACGGGACCAAUUGCCUGGCCAUGGAGUACGGAGGCGAGCAGUCACUCAACGACCUGAUUGAGAAGAGGAAGGAGGAGGGCCUGCAGGCCUUCCCUGCUGCCACCAUAGAGCAGGUGGCACUGCACCUGGCUCGAGGCCUGCAGUACCUCCACAAUGAGAAGAAGAUGCUCCACGGGGACAUGAAGUCCUGCAACGUGGUGAUCCGGGGCGACUUUGAGACGAUUAAGAUCUGCGAUGUGGGCGUGUCACUCCGGCUGGACGAGAACAUGAAAGUGGCUGACCCAAAGGCACAAUACAUCGGCACAGAGCCCUGGAACCCGAAGGAGGCCAUGGAGGAAGAAGGGGAGAUCACAGACAAGGCAGACAUCUUUGCCUACGGCCUGACCCUGUGGGAGAUGAUGACCCUGGCCAUGCCCCACGUGGACAUGCUGGAUGUAGAUGUAGAUGAGGAGGAGGAGGAGGAUACAGGGGACGACGGCGAGUCUGAGGAGGAAAGCUUCGACAUGGACUCCUACUACGAGCGGCUGGGCACGCGGCCGUGGCUGGACGUGGACGUACUGGGGGCCGCCUACCGCCGCAUGGUGGAGCUCUUCUGCCUGUGCACAGAGCAGGACCCCACGCACCGCCCGUCAGCCGCCCAGAUCGUCCAGGCCCUCGAGAUCAACAGCGAGGCCCUCGUUCUGGAUGGAUGAUGCUAGGACAGAUGGGUUGGGGUCUUUUGGUUUAUCGUAGGCUGGUCGUAGAUUUUCUCUCACCUGGCAACACUAUGUUCAAAACCCAUGAGUCAGGGGAAAGAGUCGAAAUGCAAUCUUUAUCAGAGGUGGCGAAAAAUGAUUGCAGUAUUUUGCAAUAUGUUUUCAUUGACUGUUAUAAGUGUCUGUCCAUUAUACUGUCCCAUUUGUAUGCACGUUUUUCUACAUGUUCCUACAUACUUUUUCCAACUAUCUUUCACUGAGAUCUCACAGUAAGACGUAUGCACUGUAAUAAGGUGAAUUUUAAUAAAAAAUAAAUCUGAAGCAAAACGGUGUUUGUCUACUUGCCAAUAGGUUUGCAAAGAUGCAGAACAUUGUAUAGCAAAGGUCAACAUAGAACAGCGAACUAUGCAAAUAUUACUAACAGAACAAUAAAUCGUAAAUGGAAUAUACAUGGUUGACCCCUCUAUAGAAAGUUCAGGGCAUGUAAUGCCUCUUAACCAUGUAAUGAUCAUAAGCUCUCUGGAAACGACUUGAAAGGAAACACGGAAAUAUGUUAGUGGUGGUUAGUUGUAUGCGGUCAGGUGUUGGUUAUGAUGGCCUGUACCAUUGCAAUCUGUACUCAGCUUUCAUGACAGUUUCUGGCUACCAUGAAAUGGUACGCACAGAUAAGAACAAAACUUGUGUUGCUAGUCUUAUUUGAUAAACAGGGUGCAACGGGAUACUCUCACAUCAUAAUAACACCCCUGUUAAGUUUUGAAUAGAUGUUGCCACUAACCGUCGUUUGUGCAAUGAAAGACAACCGGUACUUUGUGGUUCCACCCAAUUCUAAAAUGCUAUGAACAAUGGGAUUUAUUAAACCUAUAUUUAUACACUCAAACACGGUAAACAGUCGUGUUUACCGUCAAACACUGCUAAUCAUUCUGAAAUGCUAAUCGUUCACUUUUUCAGAAGUGCAUAAACAUGGUCAAACAAAGUGUAAGUAACAUUGAACAAAAUCACUCAAAAAUAAUACUUAAACUUUCAAAGAAUAAAAAAAAAAAGAUAAUUCACAAGGA